AUGUCUUUAGAGACAGCCUUCCUCUGUCUUGAAGAGAGCAUCCAAGAAUGGAUAGACGUGAUUCGUCCUAAGAGUGCUGCUACCCUGAGAGAACUUAUCACAAAAACCAAGUUCUUUAUUCAUAUGGAGGAUCAAUCAAGAUGCCGUGGUUCUUGUUUAGUGAUGGCAAUUCAGGGGGCCAACCAUCAGCAUUUCCCCCUACAUAUUCAGGUGAUUGAAAACCGCAUCAAGCAGGAAGAUCUUCAUGAAGGAGAGCUUAUUCAUGGAGAGAACUUCAGCCUUUUUGCUGCUAUGUCUGCAUUGGAGAUAAUGGACCCAAAGAUGGAUUCCGGAAUUGAAAAUAGUAGCUAUCACUCUAUUGAAGAAGCAAUUGAGAAUGGAGUCGCUCCUAUUCCUCUUAGCUUGGACAGAACUAUUGAUGUUCAGCGUUGCAUUGAUGUCAUGGAUCACCUUCUAGCAUGUGAGGCAACAUGGCAUAAGGGCCAUUCACUUGCACAGACAGUCUUUUCGUGCAUCUAUCUUCUGAGGCUUGAAAGAACAUCGUCACAUGCCGUGCUACAUUCCUACUGCAGAAUAAUCCGUGCUACCUGCAAUGCGGUUGUGUCUGCAGUCUCUGGUGCACGUACCCACGAGGAAGAAGAUCUUUUUACAAUGGCUUUUGGCUUGCCUCUGAACGGGGAUGGGGACGACAAAUGCCUAUCAAUUCUAAAUGCGGUAGAGGAAACAAUUUCUCGGCAAUUGCGCUCUUGUAAAGGCCACUCAUCCAGGAAGAAGUCUUUAGAUGAUAUUGAUUCUCUUCAGACCAAGCCUGAGUUGGAAGAAGGUUAUUGUAAAGCUCUCUUGUGCCGUUUACGCUUUCGUAAGCACUUCUAUCAUGUUCUCAUGUGUAUGAGGAAACCUCAAGGAAAAGGUUUGGAGUUGGCUAGGAAACAUGUGGCCUCAUGCCUGUGUGAGCUCGCUUGCAUGUCCAAGUCAGUGGAGUUCCUUAGGUCUAAUGCAAGUGAACCUGCGCAAGCUACCAUUCAAGAUGGGACUACUGCCUCAGGUUGCCAGCCUGUUGGCUUUGAUGUUAGCCUAAAUAGUAGAUUGUCUGCACCAACCCCACCUCGUUCAAUCAAGCUUCUCAGCUGGGGAAAGGCUAUUGAAUAUUUUGACAAGCUACUUCAUGAUUUAGAUGUCAUUUGCUCUUUAUCUCUGGAUCCAAUGCUGGAUGCUGUUCUGCAAUCUGUUGUUCAAUUCCAAAAGAGAAAACCAGAUCUGGUUGCUAGAGCUUAUCUGCAGCUUCUGUUGGUUCAAGAUGGUAAACUAUAUGGGCGGGACCUCUUUUAUGAUGUGAUUUCAAGAGCUUUCGCUCUAAAAGAAACUUCAAUGGACCAAGGAUCUCAGAGGAAGGAAUUUGUAGUGCAGCUAAGCCAGCUGAUGAUCAACUUGCUUAAAAUUCUUUGUACAAACACUGCAUGGCAGCGGCGCAAACUGGGAAAGAUUCUACAAGAUUGGAGCAUAAUUUCCAUUCAGCUGGAACUGACAUUGAAAAGAGAGUUUCCUAUCUCGUUACAUAUCCCAGUCGAGGAUAACUUAGACAUGAAAGUAUUCAAACAUCUCCUGUUUUGGGCCGAGGAGCAAACGUACUGGAUUGCAUCACGGUUUCUCAUGCUGGGAUUUGAGUUGGAACUCUAUUCUGCUAAUGAAUACUGCAUGGUUUACUGGUACAUGUACAUUGUGUUUAUGAAGCUUUUAGAAAAGAUGGAGAUGAGAAUAGGCAUCAAUGGUCAUAACUCUCGAAGAAAAGGAAUGAAAAAACGGGAUCUUGUUAAAGAUUCAACAAGAGAUGGUCUAGUUUCAUCUUCCUGCUUGUUACUGCAGUGUUAUAUUUAUCUGUCAGAAGGGCUGGCAGCGAUGUUGGCGGCUUUACGUAAUGAAUGCAAGGCCUUUCAAGCUCCAAACACAUUCAAUUCGGAGCAUGAGAGAUUCGUCCAGCACUUUGAGCUACUCCAGAAAGCUCAGAUUCCAGAGAACAUAUCAUAUGACUUAUUUAAGGAAUCUACAGCAAAUGCUCAAAUAUCAAACACAGCAAAGCACAAUUAUUUUAGAGAAGCCCAAAAGAUUGCAGCAUCACUUCGUGGCAGUUUCUCGAACCAGUCAGACAAACUACUGGAGCUCAGACAAAUAGAGCAGGUUGCAGAGCACAAUAGGAUCGCUCUGAAUGUAAUCGACCAAGUUGGUGCCAAUGAUCCUUCCCUCAGGAUCUCAUUAGAGUCAACUCAUCACCCUUGCUUUGUAGUAGCAGUGGUCAAGAGAUCAUAAAAUACUCUUGAUUGUUGUGCCAAUUUUGAGUACUCAAUAAUGCCCCAGAAAUGCUGGUGUUAUAAUGCGGUCUUCUGUAACAUUGUGUUGUGCUAUUUUAGUCCUUUAUUUUAGUUCAUAGGUAUUAUUUAUUGAUGUAUCAUUUUUUAUGUAUUAUUUCCUCUUUGACUUAGUAGUCAUGUAUCGUUAUUUUUUAAUUGAUGGUAACUUUUUGUUAUUGAUUGAAAGGCAUUUAGCUUCGAAGAUGUUGUCCAUGAUGUAAGAGGUGUCUAUUGUGAACAAAGCAAUAAAGCCUGGUGCUGGUUGCCAUCAUUUUUUUA